AUGACCAAUUUCAACCACUCGCAGCGGAAGCAUGUGUUCUCGGUGACGCUAUCGAGUGCCCUUCGCUGUUACACCUGCAACUCGGACGACAACUCGGAGUGUUUUUCACCGCCCAUGAACUUUACCGAGGAGGAGUACCGCGAUAAGGAAAGCGUACCGGGACGUUUACUGCGCGAAUGCCCACUGGACGAGCAGGGCCGUGAGCCAUUCUGUCGCAGCCAGUAUCUUCUAGUGCUCGGUGGAAACUUGCCGGAUCACACCCGCGUGUGGCGGGAGUGUGGUUACGAGCGAGCCAAGCGACCCUGUUACCGUUUCGAGAACGGUGGCCACGAUGAAACCGUCUGCCAGUGCUUCACCGAUGGUUGCAAUGGCGCAACGCAAGGCACCAUCUCCCUGUUGGUGCUGAUCGCUUCCGCUGGGCUGCUGACGACCCGGAUGCUGGCGCGCUCGGCUUGA